GCUUGUCUUGUGACAAUGUCGAGCCGAGAGGAACUCACAACGCGAUCUGUUUUAAUCACAGGCCUCCCGGGCAAUGUUAAUGUCUGGGAGUUUGUGAAUGCUUACUUAUCUCAGAUUGGUAUCCAAACGUCAGCUGAAACUGUGGACUAUGUCGGUGAACCCGAAGAGAGCCAGGGCAAGCGCGGAUAUGUUGUGUUACUUAAAUCAAAGAUCGAUGCACGCAAGAUACUGGCCGAGCACCUGAUGGCAGAGUGUAGGUACGAGGGAGGCGUGUCGACAAUAUCGGCGGUGAGGUGUCCCGACGAGCUCAUACCCGAACCUUGGCUGGAAGAUCCUCCACGUUACAACACGGUAUCUCCAGGCCAUGGAUCAAAUUCCCCAUGUCAGACACCUGGUAGUGGGUAUCUGACGCAUCUGCCAACUAGAGAUCAUCCGACUGCUGGCCAAUCCUCUCAGGUAUCUCCAGAGACACCUAGAAUUCCCCAAGGCCCAAGACUGCAACAAGUCGAAUUUACACAGAACAUGCAUCAAGGACCUGCUCGACAGAUGCACCCAGUAGGUCCUUCACAGAACAUCCAGACAGGCUUUCCUGGGAUAUAUCCAUACCCUGACACUGUACAGCAAUACUAUAAUGCCCCUUGGAAUCUCCCGCAAAACCCGCAACACCCACAACACCCACAACACCCACAACACCCACAACACCUACAACACCUUCAACACACGCAAAAUGCUCAAGCAACUGGACCCCCUCAAUAUGGCAAUCCUGGGAGAUUUCCACAACCAGAUCAAAAUAACUAUUUCCCAUACCCAUGUGGUACCUAUCCACCACACCAACCACAUUCAACACAGGGUCAGCUCUACCAAUUUCCAAUACAAGGUGAACCAUACCAAAGUCCAACACCAGGUCAACCAUACCAACGUCCAAAUCAACCCCAGGCAUACCAUCAUCCACCGCUCCAACCAUACUAUCAAGAACCCUAUCCACCAACUGAACAAUAUCCACCAGGAAGCUACCCAGGAGCUCAAAACUACCAACAAGGACGCCAAAUGCAUCCACAGGGUUCGCCUUCUCCCCACCAAUUGUUUGGGGCACAUCUCAAAGAGCAGACAUAUCCUUCAACAAUACCCAGUCAACAACGAUCUGCCUCUGAACACCCAGGUCCGAAACCUAUCCAGGACUCACAGAAACAGGAUGAACUGAAGCGUAGAGGCACACCAGAGGACUGUCCCACCAUCCUGGAAGUGAAAGGUAUACUGCCCUCUACGACUGAGGAUAGUGUGAAGCUGUAUUUUGAAAACAGGCGGAGAAGUGGUGGAGGAGAGGGAGAGGUAGUUAAGGUGGAUAUGAAGAAGGGGAAGAACAAGGCUCUGGUCUUCUUCAAAGAUCCUGAAACUGCAGAACGUAUCCUCAAAAUAAAGUCCCAUCUGAUUAACAAACAACGUGUGGAGGUUUUGGCUUACACGGAACCCCCCUGCCAUACGUCCGCUGCUGCUGAUGAUGAUGAUGAUGACGAUGAUGAAGACGAUGAAGACGAUGAAGAUGAUGACAAACAAGAACAGAGAACUAUUGAAGUCCGGGGAUUUAAACCUAAUACAAACCCUGAAACUCUGGAAUUUUACUUUGAAAACACUAAUAGAAGUGGAGGCGGAACGGUGACAGGAAGUGAAAGGAAGGAUGAUGUCAUCUUCAUUACGUUUGAGUCUCCAGAAGUGGUCCAAAAAGUACUGAAAAGGAAACACAAGGUCGAUGGAGCAAAUCUGACACUGAAGUUACAUCGCCCAAUACCUUGCUACAAGAACAGGUUUCUUGUGACUGGCGUGAGCAGCACAACUAACAAGGAGAACUUACAGCUCUUUAUGGAAGCAUGGGCACAUGGAAGCAUCGUUACUGAAGUCCUGUAUGGGGAAGAGCCCGGGAAAGCAUUGGUAACUUUUGAGGAUCACAAUAUCCCUGACUUCGAAAGAGUGCAACAAGAGUGCAGGAGAAGGAAGCUUGAAGGACAACACAUCGUGGUUCAUAAAGUACCUGUAUGUGACAGUGUGGUUGUAAGGGGGCUGAAGGCAGAGUGUACUGAAGACACUGUGCAAUUAUACUUUGAAAAUAAAAGAUCUGGCAACACCGAUGGAAUCCCAGCUACAGCCUCCUUGCACAAUGGUGAUGGGUAUUGCAUUGUCAAGUUUGAGGAUUAUAGAGCCAUAGAUAAAAUCCUUCCAAAGCAACACACGAUUGAUGGUGCAAAACUGACUGUGACGCUUUACAUGGAAUGUCUUGGACUAGGCAGUGAGGAUACGGAUGGAUCUUGGUACACACAACCAAAACCAUUUACUGUUCAAAACCUUGACGGAACCAAAUGUAGGUUUCUGCAAACCUCAAAGACCGAUGAGAAGGAGCUGAAACGGAGACUGAAAGAGCGACAUGCCGAAAUCAGGUGGCUCUCUGACUUUUCUGCAACGAUGACAUGCACGCUCAACGAGGAUGCCCCAAAUUCUGUCAAGGUAGCAAAAUCUUGGAAAAAAGACACAGAGGACUUUCUGAAAGGUUUUAUUGAUCAAUUUAAAACUGAAGAAUUUACAACCCUUGAACAGAUGUGGGGGGAUGUGAAGAAGAAUUUGACCGAUAUCCCCAAGUCAAAGUCUGUUCUCGUGAAAACGUCUGAUGCAGAACAUAAGGUCACAGUAGUCGGACAUGCCAGAGAGGUACAGCAAGUCGGUACCAAAGUGAAGGAAACUGUAGAAGGCGUAGAGAACGAAUUCAGAAGAAAACAGAAGGAGAUUACUGAGCCGAUCAAAACUUUGAAGCCACUUCAGCUCCAGCUCCUUAUGAUGGAUGGCUAUGUAGCAGAUAUUGAGAAGCGGUAUCCUACAUAUUUGAACGUGACUGUCGAUGUCGAACAUAACGAGAUAAUUUUCAAAGGUCAAGUGAACGAAAUCAACGAGUGUAAAGUUUUAAUGUAUGAGAGAUGUACAAGUUACAGUUCACACAGACUUACACUUUCCCAGGGACUGGUUUCCUUUCUAGAUCAAAAGGACGUGAAGGCUAUGGUCAUGAACAAACUGAAGGAUAAGAAGAUCACUGGAGUAUGGGAUAUUGAAAGCAAAAAUGAAACUGUAAUUGUCAUGGCAACGACGGAAGAAAAUGGUGCUGCUCUAGGGCGAACGCUCAAAGAGAUGAUCGUAGAGCAUCAUGAGCCAAUUGAUGAAGAAAAUACCUCCCUUUUGUCUACUGAGAAGUGGGCAGCCUUUCAAAAAGCAGCAGUGGCGAGAUAUGGCAGUUUUGUUAGUCUGAACAUUGACCGGAAGGCCUCCCAUGUUGUAAUUGUUACCUUUGACAACACAAUUAAUGAAAUCAAAGAGGAGGUUCGCAACUUUAUCCUACAGAACUCGGUGUAUAGGCAGAUAGUGAAAAUGCCCAGCCCAGUCUACAGAUUCCUAUGUGUGUAUAGAGAAGGUGAGCUCAUUGAUAUUAGUCAUGACAUGGUGAAACACAGUGGCAAACUGGACUACAAAUCGACACCACAACAGAUAACAGUUCGUGGCUGCCAGGAAGCCCUUACCAAAGCUGUGCAGGAUUUGACAAGUCUUGCAGAGAAAGUCAUUAAUAAGAAACAUACCCUCAGGAAGGCUGGGAUCGGAAGGUUCAUCAAUUCAGAUAUUUGGAAGAGAGGCAUUCUCUCAACAGAGAAAGAGAGUCGAUGUAUCAUAGAAACGUCAUUUGAUGAAUCAGUCAAAGUGAGAGUCGAAACGAUUGGCGUAAUACCUGCCUCAGUCUCGUCUUCACCACAGGGUAGAAACCCAACUGGGACCAGAGUUAUCGCUAGCUGUGACAUAGACUCGAAAAGAAGGAUUGAUGUUGUCAAAGGUGACAUCACAGCUAUGGAGGUUGACGUCAUCGUCAAUGCAGCUAACACCAGGUUAGAUCACAUUGGAGGAUUGGCAAAAGCCAUAGCAGAUAAAGGUGGACCUACAAUUCAACAGGAGAGUGAUGAAGACACUAAGAACAAGGCUUUGAGAGCGGGGGAUGUUGUAACUACUGGUGCAGGACGUCUCCCCUGUAAAAUGGUUGCCCAUGCCGUCGGUCCGUGUUGGUCAGGUGGUCAUGCUGGAGAGGAAAGAGACCUGAAAGAUGCCAUCAUGUUAAGCAUGGAGAAAACAGACAGACAUGGAUACAAGUCUAUUGCGUUACCUGCCCUUAGUGUUGGAAUAUUUCGGUACCCAGGCAAUCUUGCUACAAGGCACAUUGUUGAGGCCAUUAAGAAAUUCUUCACUCUGGAGAGUCCAAACAGCGGCGUGACGAAUGUGUACCUGAUUGACAUGAACGGGAAAACCACCCAGCUGUUCGCCGAGGCUCUACAGUUCGUGUUUAGUGAUCGAAGAGUGGCGCUGACACAGAGCAACAAUACAACUGAUUUACGCCCUCCAAUAGCUACAAAACCCAAACCAGUCACUGGUGGUGUCCGUCAAAAAGCAUCUUCACACAGCAAAGUGACAAUUGUCAAAGGCGAAAUUGCGAAACAAAAAGCUGAUGCUAUCAUAAACUCAACGUCCAACAACCUUGAUCUUAACAACGGAGCUGUGUCCAAGUCGAUCCUGAAAGCUGCAGGGAACACAAUACAGGAUGAGCUGUCAGUGAAGUAUCCCCAAGGAAUAAAGCCGGGAGAUGUUGCUGUCAGUUCUGGGGGAGACUUGGGAUGUCGUGUGUAUCAUGCCUGUCUGUCCACUGCAAGUGCCUCUAGUUCUGAUGUUCUUCAGAAUAUCAUUCUGAAGUGUUUGCAAACAGCUUCUGAUGACGGAUGCCGAACCAUUGCCUUCCCAGCCCUAGGUACAGGGAACCUGGGCUAUGCACCUGACUUCGUGGCUCAGACUAUGUACACAGUUGUCAAUAACUUUCAAGAGAGAAGCACCGCACUGGAAGAAGUUCGAGUAGUGAUUUAUCCAUCAGACAAACAAGUCAUCCAGGCCUUUGAACAGUAUAAAAGACAAAUGGAGACAGGAGAGAUAACUGAGCCAGCAGUUGGGAUAAAGGAUCGCCGUUCUUUCUUUGAACAACUGAACACUGAAGAUUCAUGGGUAUCCGAGACUGAAUCGGACGGACUUCAGAUUGGACGGCUCAACGUUCAGAUCAAACAAGGGGACAUAACCAAGGAGGACGCUGACUGCAUCGUCAACAGUACAAACCCUGAGCUGGACCUACAAAGAGGUGCUGUGUCCGUAGCUAUCGCCACAGCAUGCGGAAAAGACAUGACGUCACAGUGCAAAAUGAAAGUGUACGAAAUGAGGCAGAACGGUGUUGUCAGCACGACAGCGAAAGGUCUGAAGUGUAGCUACGUCCUACAUGUGGCGGGGGACCAUUUUGGCAAUGACUGGAAGAAAGUUGUCCUCACAUGUUUGAGAGAGGCAGACGAAUUGGGUGAUGCGCGCUCGAUUGCCCUUCCGGUCCUUGGAACAGGUGCUGGUCACGUCAACCCUCAAGAAAUAUCCGAGAUCAUGGUUCAUGCCUUUGCCGAGUUCGAGCCUCAAGCAUCCAACCUGACAGAUGUACGGGUGGUUGUGUUCCAGAAGUCAAUGUUCCUCACAGUUUCGUCUCAGAUGAAGGAAUCAGUGAAAUCAUUGAAUCAACAAUCCACCAUACGAACACCUAAAACAGAAGGUCCCUGGAGCGCCUCCGCCGGCUCUGGUAGCAUACAGUUUGGAAAUAUUACAGUGCAAAUGAAACAAGGGGACAUAACAGAAGAAGACACAGACUGUAUCGUGAACAGCACCAACAUGGAACUGGACCUGAAGAAAGGUGCUGUCUCAAGUGCUAUCAGGAAAGUAUGUGGCAAAGAUAUGGAGUCGCAGUGUGCAAAGAAAGUUGAUGACAUGAGACAGCAUGGCGUUAUCAGCACGACAUCCAAAGGUCUGAAGUGUAAAUACGUCAUCCAUGUGACCGGGCACCAUUUCGGCAAUGACUGGAAGAAAGUGGUCCUCAGCUGUCUGGAAGAGGCAGAAAAACUGCGUGAUGCACAGUCAGUAGCAUUCCCUUUGCUGGGAACAGGCAUCGGUAAUAUACAGCCUGAGGAUAUUGCCAAGCGUAUGUCACAAGCAUUUGCUGAGUUCGGACCUCAGGCUGUUAACAUCAGCGAUGUUCGAGUAGUUGUAUUCCAGGAAGCAAUGUUAAAACCAUUUGCUGCAAUGGUGAAACACUCGGCAGACACAGGAGGAAUACAACAGGCACAAUCUAUCAUUACAAGAGGCACCACUUCGACAGGGAGGGUUGAUCUCUUCUUCUUCUCUGACCAAUCAGACAACAUAGCCAAUGGUAUAAGGAACCUGGAAGCACUAUGCAAGGAGGAAUGGAUUACAGAGACAUCACAGGACCAAGUGAUAACAAAACUAACAGACCAUCAGAUUGACUCCUUGCAUAAACGCUUUGAUGUGGAGCUAAGAGUCGACAGAAACAAAGGAGCUAUAGAACUGACAGGACUGAGAGGUGAGGUUGGGCUUGCCACAGGAAAGGUUUUUCAAUACCUACGUGACAUUGAGAAGGAGGAGAGCGAAACAGAAAAGGCGACCCUACUCUCUCGAACAAUACAGUGGGCCUAUUUCGAGAAAGACAGUCCUUCCGAUAAGAAGGACUUUGGUAAGAAGGAAAAUGCAGCAAUCGAAGAGGCAUUUACAGACAAUAAGAAGUCGUGCAAGGUACCUUUCAUGAAGACCAAUAUCGAUAUCGACUUUUCGUCCUUGGAGGGAACAGCAGCAAAGAAAACAUACAAUGUCAUGCGAAGAGACCUUUUGCAGGAGGCCAAACAAUCAAUAUUUGACCUACCUCCGAGCUGGCAGAAAAUGGCGGAUGAUGUUAAUAUUGAGUGUUUUCAAGUCGCAGCUGGCGGUGAAGAGUUUAAGAUGGUUGAACAAACGUUCAUGUCAACUAUCAAAAACAGCAAAGCCAAGGUUCUUCAGGUGACUCGCAUUCAGAACAGAUCUCUGUACCAGCAAUAUGCGGCAAAAAGGAAGCAACUUGAGAAGCAGAACCCCCAGGGUACCAAGAAUGAGGCAUGGCUGUGGCACGGUACCAGCACAGAUGCUAUAGGCAGCAUCAAUGCACAUGGGUUCAACAGAAGCUAUUGUGGGAAAAAUGCCACCCACUACGGCCAAGGAGUGUAUUUCGCUGUUAAUGCCAAAUAUUCUGCCCGAGAUACAUACUCAAGACCGGACGCACAAGGGCAGAAAUACUUGUACCUGGUUCGAGUCUUGAUUGGUGAAUAUACUUUGGGGAAACGUGGGAUGAGAGUUCCACCGUCCAAGACAGGAAGCACUGGCACUGAGCUGUAUGACUCGGUCGUGAACGAUAUUAACAAUCCUGGCAUGUACGUUGUGUUCAAUGAUACACAGGCAUACCCAGAUUAUCUGGUCACAUUCCAACCUUGAAGUGGUGUAAAUGUGUUGACAAGUUUGUAUUUGUUAGAAACCACUUGUGUUGAAGUUGUAUGUAACCUUUCAGAAAAGUUAGAAGAAUCAAUAUUUUAUUUGCAAUUUUUGAAUAUCUCACACACAUUAGUAAUUCCGUGAGCAGCAGCGCUCGAAGCUGUACAUGUAUUGUUGUAAGUCAGUAUGGUUUUACGUGUUUAUUGAAAUAGUAUCACAUUUAUCUCGCUGCAAAUAUUUUCUUAUUUCAAAGUGUAGUUGUAGUAAUAGUAGUAUUUUGUAUAUUUUGAAAUCAUAUACAUCACGUACCUUUGCUAAAUACAGGCGCCGUGUUUGUGAGGUUGAAGACUCAAUCAUAAGAAAUUUCACAAAAUGAGUAAUGUGUUCAGUAUAAAAUGCACACUCCGGCGCAGUGGUGACUCAGCUAAUUUGCAUAUCACGUGACCGGACUUUUCUCUUGUUUGUAAACAAACGCGCUUUUUCAGAAAUCAGUAUAGAACGGACUAAUGCAAGUAUUUGGGGGCGCUUUACAUAUUGUUUUGCAUAAUUAUAUAGAUAUGCUACUACAACUGCGACAGUGAGUUGCAUGACAAUAUAUAUAUUUAUACAUAAAAGUGAUAUAUCGCUAUAGCUCUCCUUACGCAAAGAAAAGUAGAUUUUCACGUAUUAGGAUACUUUCUUAAUGAACCGUUACCAUUCUUUGACAUUUGUUUAUGAAAAUGUGUAGACUUGUCAAACAAGAAACGGAUGAAAAGCAUAUUCAGUAUCUUGAAUGGACUGUGAAAGAUGUGACGAAUCGUCAUAUGGCGCUGGCCUGUGGCAGAGAUACUAUGCUGGCUGGCUGUCGGCCGCAUGGAACUCUGGGUAGGAGAGUGUAUAAAAUGUGGAAUCAAACUUGUUGUAUGGCCCGUACGUUUGACUCAAGAGCUAAAUAUACAAGCACAAGGCUUCUAUAGUUGAAGCUCGAUGAUGGUUAUAAGAUAUUCAAUAAUCAUUUAACUUUGGUAGACAAAGAUAAUGUUGCAAAAACAUACAACAUUUCUAAAACUCUACAUAAUUGUUUGGCUGCUUACUAAGGUUGAAAUUUUGUGAAAUGAACAAACUAUAUUACCAGUAGUUACUUUUUUAAAGCUGGCCUACAUGACAAGAAAUCCAAAGUGAGGGAUAUACCUCGAAAUGUUGAAUGUCCUUCGCCAAUUCUCAGGAGGUUCGCCAUUAUUUCACUCGGUAUGGAUAAGCUGUAAUAGCUCAAAGCUCGUAGAUAUUUAAAGGUUCACUGCGUCAAACAGCAGGUGUUCUAUGAAAGGGGAAACCGAACAAUGUAUGUUUCACAACAUUUGUUUUCAGAACAAAUAUUUCUUCAGUACAACCUGAAACGACGAGCAGAGGGAAUUUUACAAUACCGUAAUUCAUGUUUAAAGACAUAUGUUGCCCUAUUGCUCUGCAACCGAUUGUCCAAAUACUAUCUAACUAUAUGAGGGCUGUCGGGUAGUCUAGUGCUUAAAGCGUUCGCUCGUCACGCCGAAGUGUCGGUUCGAUUCCCUACAUGGUUACAAUGUGUGAAGCCCAUUCUUGGUGCCCCCAACCGACAAAGCGGCGUAAAACCAUACUCACUCACUCGCACAAACUUUAUGUUUCUGCUGCUUCUGAUGCUUGACCUUUUUAUAGUUAAACAAGAGUGGUCACCCUCCCAUAGUAUAGCAUAGUGUAGUGAAUAUCACUUGAAGAUUAGUUUGAGGCAUUAACUUGAUCGAACUUUGUUUUAAGUAGGAGAAAGUCCUCAAAGUCCCUAACGGCCUCGAACAAGCUUCACGUGCGAAAAUAAUCGCGAGAUUUCGGACAUUCUCCUUUACUUACACAUGUAAGAUACAGCGAAAAGAUAUUGAAAGAAGCAUUAUUAUAAUACGAUGAUAAGCCCCAUCCACUGCCUUCACAUGACAACUGGAGGUAGUAACAACAAUGUUAAUAAACUGAGCUAGUAUCAUGUGGCUUUAUGUUAGGAUACCAAUACCAAUAAGUACCAAUAACCUCCUUGAACCAUUUGACCAAAAAGAAAGAAUGUGUUUUCCCAAACCGAAACUUGAUAAAAUUAGUAUCUUUUUAUGGAUAACAACUACUUUUAUUCUUUUUGACGAGUUACUUUUUGUCCAUUCCACAGGUGUAUACCAAUGCUAAUAAUUUAAUGCUAUGCUUGUCUGAAUGCUAGGUGAACUAAAGCUAUGAUAUACGUUGAGUGCUUAUGUUUCCUGUAUAGCCCCAAUGACAGGCCGUUCAAAUGAACCUCCAUGUAUACACAUGCACAAAAGUUAAGCGACACCCACCAUAUUUGUGAGCUGUUACUUUUGGCACUUAAUGGCACAGUAUAUUUAUCAUUAUGUUGACAAGUUAUUUCCCUUACAACCCAUUCACUAUCCUGCUGUAGCUAUGUAUCCUGAUUGUCAUUCCACAGUACUUCAAGACACCUGUAGUAUUAAGUCUAUAUAUUAGAUAUUAUUAUGAUAUAGCAAAUAUGAAUUUAGAGAGUUUAUAAUCAAAUAUUCUGAUGAUGACAUAAAUGCAAAUUUAACCCCACAAUCAUUCCAUGUAGAUGCAUUUAUUUAUGUUAUUUGUUUUUGCAUAUAACAGAUUAUACUUAUAAAUGUUACAGCCAGUGUCUUUAAUCAGGCAUAUGUAUAUUGACUCACUCAGGCAAUGUAUAUAUUGUCUUACAUUUUCAGUCAGUAUACAUAUUACUGAAAUGACUCCUUAAUCUCAUUUUAAUUUGGAUCUAUUUUGAUCUUAAGAAGAUCUAAGUAACUUAUGUAAGUAAUGAAUUAUGUUCCCACGGUGAAUUGAUUGGUUCGUCAAACAUGAAAGUAUACUAGAGUCAUAUUUAUGUAACUUAUCUUGAUUGACAUAACAUGCAGUUCAGUAACUGAUAAUGACUGCUAAAAAGUCAUGCAUGUGUAAUCUAAUACUAGUAUACAUGCACAAGUAUACCAAGAUAUCAAAUAAAAUAAUAACAGUCGUUGUGCAAUGCAGAUAUAUGUUGGUGUAAAGAGAAAAAAGAAUAACAUCAAUAAUGUGUUUAUUUGGGAAUUUGAGACAUCAGUUUCGAAUAAGGAAACAUGAAAAGCAAGGCCUUUUGAAUUAAGAAUGAGCUCUAUCUGUAUUACAAUCAUCUGAUUGUCAAACCAAACUGGAUGUAGAAACUGCAAGGUUAAUACAAUCAUCAUUAUAGAGAUUUAAAAUUAGUAUGACUUCAUUGUUCCAAUUUAUAAGAUGAAAAAAAUGUUGGUAUAAUAAUGAUAUGGUAUAUGUAUUUCAAGUAAUAUAUAUAGUGUGUUGUGUCUGAAAACAUUUUUUUUCUAAGUUUUAAAAUCUAAAAAAGGCCACGUUGAUAUAUAUUUAUACACAUGCACAAAACCACCAUAUUUGUGAGCUGUUACUUUUGGCACUUAAUGAUGACUAUUAUAACGAGAUGUACGAUUGUUGUAAGCUGUAUAUGUAAACCUCGUGUGAUGCAAAAGCUGUCCCAAAGCAAGUU